AUGGCAAUGGAACGAGCCGUCCGCCUCUGGCUCAACGAAAAUCACGUCCCACAAUCCACCUGGUCCGCCCUCCUCCGCAAACUCGGCCGUUCCUACACAAUCUACGGCCACCUCCUCCUCCUUCCCCCCAACGCCCUCUCCGGCCCCGAAUGGGACACCAUCUCCACCCACCUCUCCCCAUCCAGCAUCCAAGACCUCUACGCCCUGCUAUCAAAACAUCUCAAAAUCACCAACAUAGCCCUCAACAAACCCAUCCCUCCUCUCCAAACCAACUCCCAAGACGAAAAUAUCCUCCGUGCCCCCACGAAUUUCACGCCGAUAUACGGAGACUUUGGCCCCUCAACUUGCGACUCCCCUCCUACAGAGGAAGACUUCGAUGCCGCGUUUUGGACGACGUGUAGGCAGAAUGGGAUUUCGCAGACUUGGGCGCCGAGGUGGACGAUGUUUAGUCGGGGGAAUGUUAGUGAGAAAGCAAGGUUGUUGACGUUGCCGUCGGUGGGGAGGGUGGUGGAGGAAGGGAGAUUGGAUGGCAGGGGGAGUGCGGCGGUGGAUCUGUAUUGCGGGAUUGGGUAUUUUGCGUUCUCGUAUGUGAAAGCGGGGGUUGGGGUGGUGUUGGGGUGGGAUUUGAAUGCGUGGAGUGUGGAGGGAUUGAGACGGGGGGCGAGGGGGAAUAAGUGGGAGGUGGAAGUGUUUGAUGGAGAGGAAGGGAGGAUGGCGAAUGGGGAUGCGAGGUUGUUGGUUUUUAAUGAGAGUAAUGAGCUUGCGCCGGAGCGGAUUGCGAGGAUGAAGGGAAGACUGCCGCCGAUACGGCAUGUGAAUUGUGGGAUGCUGCCGAGUUCGAGGGCGAGUCUGUUGCUUGCGGCGAAGGUGCUGGAUGCAGGGUAUGAUGGGUGGGUGCAUGUUCAUGAGAAUUUCUUGGUGGAGGAAAUUGAGGCGAAAGCUGAGGGGACGAUGAGGGAGUUGAAGGCGUUGUUGGAAGAGCAAAGGGGAGGAGAGGUGAGAGUGGAAGUCGAGUUUGUCAAUCGGCUGAAGAGCUAUGCGCCGGGCGUUAUGCAUUGCGUGAUAGAUAUUGUCGUUGGAGCGAAGGAUAUGACAUGA